GUAUACAAGACUUGUGCGGCGUCACUGAGAGGGAAAGAGAGGUCAGAGAGGGAGAGCGAAAUAGAGAGGUAGACCGAAAGAGAGGGCGCAAACUGAACGGAGCAUCUAAGAGGAUAACUGCCUGUUUGUUCACUGUGUCUCUACUCCUGCUCUCUCUCCCAUUCUGUCUCACACACGUGCCUGCACACACACACACACACUCACACACACACACAAACACACACACACACACACACACACACACACACACACACACACACACACACACACACACACACACACACACACGCACACACGCACACACGCUGACAGUCACCUGCAAAGCCACAGUGCUCAGGCUGGGAGAUGAAGAGGCUCACAGUUGAGGAGAUGAAUUUGGGGAGAAGAGAGUGAAACAGAGGGCACAGCAGACGGAGAGAGAGCGAGAGAGAGGGGGACAGAUGGAGUACUCACUGAUUAUACUAGGGAACGGAGGAUCGGAGCACACAAGGCAGCAGUGAAAGAGAGGAGUGAAAGAAAGAAAGCAAGAACAAACUGGAGCGAUGUGAAAAUGAAAGAAUACCAAAGAACAACAAACAGCGAGCAGGAAAGAGAAGAAGAAGAAUGUGAGUAAAACAGUAAAGUGAGAGAAGAGAAGAAGAGGUGGUGUGUGUGACUCCUCUGUUCAGGAUAUACCGAGCAUCACUUUACUUCUACCCAAACAGCCCACGACAGAGGGAGAGGAGGACUAGUCCCAAGAGAGGAGGAAAAAGAAAAACAGAUAAUCAGAGGGCAGGUGUAAAAUAGUGAUAUAAGGAAUACAUGCUCUUGGUUGGUGCAGUGGAUUAACUGGCUAUUCUGUUAUCCUGCACAAUGAGUGGAAGAUGAGUCACUGAGAAGAGGUACUGGAAGAGAGAGAGUGAAGGAGAGAAUGUGAGAGAGGAAGAUAGACCAUUAUGGGGAGUCACACAGUGCUUACCAAUCCAUUCUUCCUCCAGCCCCCUGGGACAAUGCUAAGCGGACAGGAAGGGCCAGCCUGUAUAUUCGGGGGAUGGGAAGGAUGGAUAAGGUGUAUUCAGAGGAGCUGUGCCUAUUCGCUGGUAGAUACAGUGCCCCUGUCACGAUUCCAUCUCCUGGGAUGUUAUUAGAGGUACGUUGGAGCUGAGUGCAUCCAGGAGUCAUGCAACAUAACUGUGUGCCCUGUUCUCACGCUCACCUCUCUCUUCUGGGUCUUCUGACUUAUUUAAUGUGAAAUAACAUGUCCUCUUUUAGAUGUAGAUUUUGUAUGAGGCAUACUUUAAGUUGGCACUUGCUCCAUGUUUAAUGUGCUGACGUUAUUAUACUUUUAAUGCGGCUAUAUAGAACUGCUCUUUAUAAGGAAAUCAGGAAGCUGAGUGGACGAAAAUUAUAAGUAAAUGAAGUUCUGUGGACUAUGAGACUCCGGUUCACCCUGAAGACUUACUUUAUGACGUUAAAGCUCAGAAUACAGUUCUCUCUAUCCAUAGUCUGAGCAAAGUACAAACCUUCUGGCUUUGGUUACAUUUCUCAGGAAGUCAGAUAGCCAGAGAAACACAUACACACACACACACACACACACACACACACACACACGAGAAAGGACCAGUCCUAUGGAGUGCUGCAGAAGGGGGAUGGCAGGACGGACGGCACUGCAGUGUGACAGUUAUCUCAAAUCACCUCCAUGAUCACUCAAACCAACAAGCUACAGCUGUCUCCCCAGAUCUGCUUGGUGAUGGAACUCCAGCUCAACAAAUGUGACAAUACAUGUAUCCCAUUGUCAUAGAGAAGAAACGAAUUGUCAACAGACAAAUUGUAUUGAGAUAGAAUAGAAUUACUCCUUACUCUCUGACAGAGGAUUUUAUCACGUCAAACGGCCUGCAGGGACUGUGGAUGUCGGGGGGAAGAACAAGACGCCACAGGAGACAUGGUGAGCAAAGAGCCGAAUCACUUGCUCAUUGGCCAAUACACCAACAGCAAGACAGCCGACAAGCCGCCUGGCGCCAUGACCGUGCGCUCCGUGCUGCUCAACCGCGACUCGCCGGACAUCGAGAGCCGCCUCAAGCGCCGCCGCAACCGCACACACCAGGUGCGCUUCAAAGACUUGGAGGAUGGCAGCGGCAGCGGGACCACUGGCCCUGGAACCAAAGGCUCCGAGAGGACUGCCGCUGAGCGUGACAGCCCCCACCCCCUGCGGAAGAACACCCCCAUAAGCCCCAUGGCCCCGCAGGGAUGGCUAACAGAGAGGUCAAUGGGGGACGAGGUGUCCUCCAACCAGGCCUCGGUGGUUGGGGCUGUCCGAGGAGAUAUGGCAGACACCAUUGAGGUAGUGGCAGCGUUUUUGGCUCGGGCGCCCCCUCAUCCGCUCACCCCGGGGCCCACGCGCCGCUGCUGGGCACCACCAUCGCCCCCACGGCCUUGCUCCCUCACACUACCUCUCUCCCGGAGGCAGUGCACCAGCAUGGCCAUCCAGACCUCCUCCUGCCUCAAGAAGCCCAAGCCUAAGCCUCCGGCGCCCUCGGCCGUCAGCACGCGCAACCGAAAUGUGGGGGACUCGGUGGGGGUGAAUGGGGAUGACGAACAGGACGAUAAAAAGAAUGAGUACUACACUACCCGCAACCACAUUUCAGAACCUGCAUCUAUAGAUGGAAACGGCCCUGGGUCUAAGGCUAAACAGGGAUUGGUGGACCAACCCCACUGCCUCAGGACUAGCGAGGCUAACGCUGAGGCUAACGCUAUCCACCCUGCUGUUGGGAAUCACAUGGACUCUUCCAGGCGUGACUCUUCUUCUUCCCCUCACCCAGUUUGGCUUCGGCACACUGCAGAGCCUUGCUACUGCGGUUCUGUGACCUGUGGGAGAGAGGGAUCUAAACGCCAGGGGAGUGCAACUCUGUCCCAAGUGAGGAGGAGAUGGCGCAUGAACCGUGGUAUCAGUGACCCGGGAAGGGAGGUGUCCUACUGUACCACUCCCACACAGACAGACAGUCCCUGUGUCUCCCCUCCUAACUCCCCACCUCCCUCAACUGUGCAGCCCUGCACCUCCCCACCUCCCUCGACUGUGCAGCCCUGCACCUUCCCACCUCCCUCGACUGUGCAGCCCUGCACCUCCCCAACUCCCUCGACUGUGCAGCCCUGCACCUCCCCACCUCCCUCGACUGUGCAGCCCUGCACCUCCCCAACUCCCUUGACUGUGCAGCCCUGCACCUCCCUACCUCCCUCGACUGUGCAGCCCUGCACCUCCCCACCUCCCUUAACUGUGCAGCCCUGCACCACCCAAACACAAACUGACAGUCUCUGCGCCUCCCCGCCUCCUCCCACCAUGCAGCACUGCGCCUCCCCACCUCCCUCGACUGUGGAACCCUCCACCCCCCAAACUCAGACUGUGCCUCUCUAUGCUUCCGUACCUAAAACUGUGCCAACCUCCACCCAUCCAUAUUGUGAAACACCACCACUGGUGGUUCUGCCUUGCGCCUCCCCACCCCGGUCCAUCUGUACAUAUCCCCCGAAAAAAUCAGUGCUUCCCCAAACUGUUCUUCCAUCUAAAGCUCAAACCCCUCCACCUCUCGCUACACAAACUGAAACUGUCCCACCCAAACUAACAUGCACCGCCAUAACUACAACCACAGCCUCAAAUCCAAAUUGUCCCACCGUACCACCAACUCCAACGAUAGCCCCUAUACAGCCCCUAAUUGCCAUGACCCAAAACCAAAUCCUGUUCUAGCCCCCUCCACAGCCCCAACUUGCCCCACCCCAACACCAACUCCAAAUAUAGCCCCCUGCACCAUCCUAACACAAACUGCCCUAUCCUG